GCGGCGGCCAAUGGGCGAGCGCGGGGCAGGUGCCGGCUAACUCGCGCCUCGCAGCGCAGCGGCCGAGGCUGAGCUGGGCAGUGCUGGGAGGACCGGGGGCGGGGGUCUGUCCUGGCUGGACUCGGGAGGGAGGGGGCCGGGCUCAGCCCCCAGGCCAUAGAGGCAGCUCGCAGCAUCGCACGGAACCCGCGCCAGUGCCCGCGCCCGGAGCUGCCCGCUCGGCCCCAGAGGCCGGCGCGCCUAGCUGCGCGCCGUGGCCCGACUCCGCGUUCGCUCGCUCUCACGCCCCUCGCCUCUCCGCGCCUGGCUCGCCGGCAGGGUCUGAGCGCGGGCGGGCGGGCGGGGGAGGUGAGGGGUGCUGGUGUGUGUGCAUGUGCCUGGCUGGGUGCACACCCCGCACGGCGGCGGCGCCAGGACGCGGAGCGCUCCCCGGAGCCCGGCUGCCUCGCUCGGCUCUGGCGACCGCGACCAUGUUCCAGCCCACAGCCAAGCGCGGCUUUACCAUCGAGUCCUUGGUAGCCAAGGACGGCGGCACCGGCGGGGGCUCUGGCGGCGGGGGCGCCGGCUCCCAUCCCCUGGCGGCGGCCGCCUCGGAGGAGCCACUCCGGCCCACGGCGCUCAAUUACCCUCACCCCGGCGCGGCCGAGGCGGCCUUCGUGAGCGGCUUCCCCGCUGCCGCCGCCGCCGCCGCCGCCGCCGCGGGCGCCGGUCGCUCGCUAUACGGUGGGCCCGAGCUUGUGUUCCCCGAGGCCAUGAACCACCCCGCGCUGACCGUGCACCCGGCGCACCAGCUGGGCGCCUCCCCGCUGCAGCCCCCGCACUCCUUCUUCGGCGCCCAGCACCGGGACCCUCUGCACUUCUACCCCUGGGUCCUGCGGAACCGCUUCUUCGGCCACCGCUUCCAGGCGAGCGACGUGCCCCAGGACGGGCUGCUGCUGCACGGGCCCUUCGCGCGCAAGCCCAAGCGGAUCCGCACGGCCUUCUCGCCCUCGCAGCUCCUGCGGCUGGAGCGCGCCUUCGAGAAGAACCACUACGUGGUGGGCGCCGAGCGGAAGCAACUGGCCGGCAGCCUCAGCCUCUCGGAGACGCAGGUGAAGGUGUGGUUCCAGAACCGGAGGACAAAGUACAAGCGGCAGAAGCUGGAAGAAGAGGGGCCUGAGUCCGAGCAGAAGAAGAAGGGCUCCCACCACAUCAACCGGUGGCGCAUUGCCACGAAGCAGGCCAACGGGGAGGACAUCGAUGUCACCUCCAAUGACUAGGGUGGGCAGCCACGGAUCCACGAGGGCAGAGCAUCUGCUCGCUGCUGGCCAGGACCCCGGGUGGGCCCUGCUAGACUCUGGCCGCUCCCCCGCCAGGCUUCGGGGAGGCCUCGAGUCACGGCCCCACAGGGCUCGGAGCCUGGGGCCACCACUGACAGAGGGACAAGAAAUGGGCUGGCUGAGGCCUGGGACUCCUCCACCUUUUCCUCAGAGAGCCCGCCUGCGUGGGCAGGCCGCCGGCCACAGCCACUCUCCACUUCUCUUAUCUCCUGCGUUUCUGUUUUAAUUUAUUUUCCAGGCACCCGCUGUAGUUCUUAGUGAUCCCCCUGUAUCUCCCUUCCCUAUGGGAAUAAUAAAAGUCUCUCUCUUAAUGA